GCGCCCAGCUCCAAAUUCGCGCUUACUUUCAGUCCAGUCCGUCGUCUCUAAAUAUUCCCUUCGCUCUCACUCUUCCUCCUUCGAAGCUGACGAUGAGCGAUCGACAUCCACCGAGUCAGGCAGAAUGACACCCACGCCCAGCAUCGAGAAUGCCUCCCCCCUCGGUCGCUAUCAUGGCGAAGACACUCGGCCAACUAGUAACAGGGAGCUUGCUGGUUGGUACAUGUAUGCCUUCGCCGCCGAAACCUACGUAAUAUGCGCCAUCUCUUCGUUUAUCCCGAUUCUAUUAGAGAGCUUGGCCAGGGAAAACGGCGUGCUCUUGAGGGAUCGGGAAAGUCCCUGCACGAGAACUUCGGAUGGCCCGUGUGUCGUCACCGUCGUCGGCGUCGAGAUCAAUACGGCUAGCUUUGCUAUGUAUACCUUCAGUAUAAGCGUGCUACUCCAGGCGUUACUAGUAGUCAGCAUCAGCUGCGCGGCAGAUCACGGCAACUAUCGAAAGCGUUUGUUAUUGACAUUUGCGUGGAUUGGAAGCUUUUGCGUCAUGUGCUAUAUAUUCAUCUCCAAAGAGAUAUACAUAUUCGGCGCGCUGCUGGCUAUCAUCUCUAACACGUCUUUCGGGGCGUCUUUCGUUCUAUUAAACUCCUUCCUUCCUCUCCUUGUCCGCCACCAUCCGAAAGUAUUGGAGUCGGUAGCCGGUGUAUUCGAAGAUGACGACCCAGAACCAGAUACUAUGAUCGACACUCAUUCUCGGUCGACAUCCCCUACUCUCGCCGAGCACCCUCCAAACAAUCCGACGACUCCCUUGCUCUCGCGAAAUGACGGCAGCUCUGACAUCCAUGACUUGCGACGAAUACCUACUCACGAGGAGCUUACCUCUAUUGAGCUUCAGCUGUCCAGCGAGAUAUCCGCAAAGGGGACCGGGAUCGGCUACGGCGCUGCAUUGUUCGUGCAAUGCGCAUCCAUAUUAAUAUUAGUGAGCAUGCAUAGUUCUGUUUGGUCGCAACGGGUCGUGCUAUUUUGUAUCGGGGCUUGGUGGGCUAUUUUUACGAUACCAGCAGCUAUAUGGCUCAGAGCUAGGCCUGGGCCUCCCCUCGCAGAGAGCCAACACCGAGGCACCCGUGCUUGGAUAUCUUAUAUUGCCUACUCGUGGAAGAAUCUAUUCCGGACGGUCAAGCUGGCACGACAUUUGAUCGACGUUGUCUUAUUUUUGGCUAGCUGGUUUCUGAUUUCCGACGCUGUCGCGACGACAUCUUCAACUGCCAUAUUGUUUGCAAAGACGACCCUGCACAUGGAACCGUGGGCGUUAGGGAUGAUCAACGUUAUAUCUACGACUACAGGUGUCGUGGGUGCUUUCGGUUGGUCGUUCGUCUCCAAGUAUUUCAAGUUGCGACCCCAUCAGACUGUGCUGAGCUGCAUUGCCCUUUUCGAAAUCAUACCUAUCUACGGUCUUCUAGGCUACUUGCCUUUUGUCCAACGAUGGGGAGUUUUCGGGCUUCAACAGCCGUGGGAAAUGUACCCCCUAGCUGCCGUUUAUGGUCUUGUCCUCGGCGGGCUUAGCUCAUACUGUCGAUCGCUUUACGGAGAACUGAUACCUCCCGGCUCUGAAGCUGCUUUUUAUGCGUUAUACGCCAUUACCGACAAAGGCUCAAGCAUAUUCGGACCUGUUAUAGUGGGAGCUAUUAUAGACGCAUCUGGUGAAAUUCGACCGGCAUUUUGGUUCCUGGCAGCGUUGGUCAGCCUUCCUGCACCAUUUAUAUAUUUCGUCAACGUCGAACGUGGCAAGUUCGAAGGAGAAAAACUGGCCGAGAUAAUCGAGGGCUUUAAGAGCAGAGAUGAUAUUCACGAGGGCAGAUUUGGUAACGGUGUUGAAGGUCGAGGGGUUCUUGACGCUUACGAUGGACAUGAUGAGGAGGAGGUUGACGGUCGUGCGAGUUCAUAAUACCCCGGAAUUAUUCAAGCGUACUUUUAUGUGAGGGUCUAUCCUGCAUAGCGACGGCGUUGACUCUUCUUCAUUUACGCGGGGAAAGAUUGGAUAAUCAGUCCUACUUAUUAGAUACCUCGCUCAGUUUUCACCUGGGGACCUAGUUUAAUCGAACACUACUAACAACGCCCGGCAAGUU